GCCCUCUCCCUGAGGAUGCCAGCCAGGAGCAAUGGUGUGCACAGCUCCCCAGCCAACCACCGGCCCGAGGGUGGCACGGAGGGGACAGGGCUCAGCACCAGCAGGACCUGCUCAACCCAGGAUGGCACCAGCUCGGAGCUGCAGAGAGGAGCCAGCCUGCGUGGGGGGGAGCAGAGGGCUGACCAUGCUUUCCAGGGCCAGGGAGCCUUGGCCAGGAUAGUCCGGCUGGUGCUGGUGCUCAGGGACUGGGCCAACAAGAGCCUGCACGAGGAGCAGCAGAGGCCAGACCCCUUCCUGGAGCGUUUCCAAGGCCCUGAGCUCCUGACAGUGCCUGCAGGAGCUGCUGAUGAGCUUGAGGAUGAGGAGACUGAGAAGUUAAACAAAAAGAGGAAAUGGCUGUUCUUUGUGGUGGACCCUGCGGGGGACUGCUAUUACCACUGGCUGGCUGUGAUUGCAGUUCCUGUCCUCUACAACUGGUGCCUGCUCGUGGCCAGGGCUUGCUUCACUGACCUGCAACAGACCUAUUUUGUGCUGUGGCUGGUGUUGGAUUACAUCUCAGAUGCUCUCUACCUCGGGGACACAGUGAUCCGCCUGCACACAGGGUUCUUGGAACAGGGCCUCCUGGUCAAGGACCUGAAGAAGUUACGGGCUAACUACAUCCCCACGCUGCAGUUCAAGCUGGAUGUUCUCUCCAGCCUGCCCACAGACCUGGCCUAUUUUUGGGUGGGGUUGCACUGCCCUGAGCUGCGUUUCAACAGGCUGCUGCGCUUCUCCCGCAUGUUCGAGUUCUUCGACAGGACCGAGACCAGAACCAGCCACCCCAACAUCUUCCGCAUCAGCAACCUGGUUCUCUACAUCCUGGUCAUCAUCCACUGGAAUGCCUGCAUUUACUACGCCAUCUCCAAGGCCAUUGGCUUCGGGGAGGACAGCUGGGUGUACCCCAACGUCACAGAGCCUGAGUACGGCUCUCUGACCCGGGAGUACGUCUACUGUCUCUACUGGUCCACGCUGACGCUGACCACCAUUGGGGAGACCCCUCCUCCUGUGAGGGAUGAAGAGUACCUCUUUGUGAUCUUCGACUUCCUCAUCGGCGUCCUCAUCUUCGCCACCAUCGUGGGCAAUGUGGGCUCCAUGAUCUCCAACAUGAACGCCACCAGGGCGGAGUUCCAGGCCAGGAUCGACGCCGUCAAACACUACAUGCAGUUCCGCAAGGUGAGCAAAGAGCUGGAAACCAAAGUCAUCAAGUGGUUCGACUACCUGUGGACCAACAAGAAGGCGGUGGACGAACGGGAGGUCCUCAAGAACCUCCCUGAUAAGUUAAGGGCAGAGAUUGCCAUCAAUGUUCACCUGGAGACGCUGAAGAAGGUGAGGAUUUUCCAGAAUUGUGAGGCGGGGCUGCUGGUGGAGCUGGUGCUGAAGCUUCGCCCUCAGGUGUUCAGCCCGGGGGAUUUCGUGUGCCGGAAGGGGGACAUUGGGAAGGAGAUGUACAUCAUCAAGGAGGGCAAGCUGGCCGUGGUGGGGGACGAUGGCACGACACAGUAUGCUCUGCUCACUGCAGGGGGCUGCUUUGGUGAGAUCAGCAUCCUCAACAUCAAAGGCAGCAAGAUGGGCAACAGGCGCACGGCCAACAUCAUCAGCUUGGGCUACUCUGAUCUCUUCUGCCUGUCCAAGGAAGAUCUCAUGGAAGCAGUCACAGAGUACCCUGAUGCCAAAAGGAUCUUGGAGGAGCGUGGCAGGGAGAUCCUAAUGAAGGAAGGGCUGCUGGAUGAGUCAGCUGCAGAGGAAAGCACAGAAGGGAAGAGCGUGGAGGAGAGGCUGGACAGGGUGGCCUCAAACCUGGACACGCUGCACACCCGCUUUGGCCGGCUCCUGACCGAGUACAACGAUGCCCAGAUGAAGCUCAAGCAGCGCAUCACUGCUCUGGAGUCCAGGAUGAGGCAGGAGGAACUGGAGGAUUUCUUCUCUGACAGCUCAGACAGUCUGUUUGAGGAUGAGGAGAAAGCUUCACCUGGUGGUGGGAUGCAGUGA